AUGUGGUGUAGAUCCACUGAAAUAUGGUUCGAUUUUAUUUUAUUUAAAAUUCUGGGGAAAACCCGGACACAAGUUUUCUCACGCGAUACUGCAGAAUUAGAACAAGAUAUCACUCUUGAUGAAUUGAAACUAGCGUUAUCCAAGAGCUCAAAUCAAUCAGCACCUGGUGAAGAUGGAGUAGGAUAUCGGUUGUAUAAGAUGCUUUGGGAUAAAAUCGGUCCGUUAUUGGUUAUGUCGGCAAACGAAAUUAUGGCAACGGGCCAAUUACCUUCAUAUUUUCAGACAGUCAUUAUUUCUUUAAUACCUAAACCGGAGAAAGAUGAUACAUUCAUUCAAAACUACAGACCAAUCUCUUUGAUCAAUUGCGGAUUACGCCUCAUUUCUGGGGUGUUAAAUAAUAGAUUACAGAAGGCAUUAGCUGACAUCAUUACAUAUGAACAAGUUGGAUUUAUGAGUGGACGUCACAUUGAUAACAAUAUUCAGAAAUUGAAAUAUGUAUAUGAAGAUAUAUUAGUCCGAAAAAAUAAACAUGCUCACAUUCUUCUCCUUGACUUUGAGAAGGCGUUUGAUAGAGUCUCACAUCGUUAUAUGGAAAAGGUCUUAAAGAAGAUUAGGGUUGGUCCUCGGAUGCGAAAUAUCUUAAUGCUGAUCACUACACAGCAAAGGGCAAAACUUCGAAUUAACAAUUUUUACUCGCGGCUGUUUCCAUUACAUCAGGGCACCCGUCAGGGUAAUCCAGUUUCUCCUUUACUUUUUAAUAUUUGUCUCGAACCAUUCUUAUACUAUUUGACGCAGCAUAUUCGGGGUUAUCCUUUAUCUUUCCUACCUGUAUUUAAGAAUGUCCAAUUAUUAUCUUACGCUGAUGACCUUACGGUUUUCAUUAAUGACACGACCGAGGAUGUGGACAUAUUCUGGAACUUACUUUGUGACUAUGAAAAGGUAUCAAAUGCGCGAAUUAAUGUUGAUAAAACGAUGGAUUAUAGUCUUUCGUCAGAUCUUAAUAAACUACCAUUCCCCCACAAAACUAUUGGAGUCAAUGACCUUCGUUAUUUGGGGGUGGAUAUGCAAUCCUUCUCAUGGAAAACUUUUACUGAUUCAAUCCUCAAAGGUUUGUGGAAUACAGAGUUAACGGAGGCACCAAUACAUCUAAGGGCUCUUGGGUUCAAUACUUAUAUUUUUUCUAAAUUAUAUUUCAGAGAUAUUCACUGUGCAAUGGCAAGUCACGAUAUAAAAUAUUUGAAAACUCGAAUCAAAACAUUUUUUAAAGGAAUUGGUUAUAAUACUUUAACAGCCCUUCCUACUCAGGGAGGUUUUGGUCUACUUGACUUAGGGCAGCAACUUAAAGGCCGCCGGGCCAAAUAUGUGUGGGAAUCUUUAUCUAAUGUUACUGAUUGGAAUUUCCUUGUAUUCAGAUCUAAAUUACAACAGUUUGUAAAUGAACAGUCAGAUUCUUAUAACAACAACUCCAUUCGGAUCCUCACUAUUCCAUGGUUUUCAUUUCUCACUCGCUUGACAAUUAACUACAAAGGUCAAGACAUUGCUCAGUACAUUCGGAACUCCCUGAUAUUUAACUCCACUGAAAAAGCGUAUUUGUCGGCUUGGUUUGAACUUGUACGCCCAAUUCGCGAUCAAUUUGUGGCUCAACCAAUCAGUUAUCCACAUUUUGACUAUUUGAAUCUUAUUAAUCCAUCGAUAGCUCCCCCUUUACCGAAGC